AGAAAAGAAAAAGAAGGAAGGUGCUCAGAAAAAGGCUGCUGAUCAAAAAACCAAAGUGCCAGAACCUACUAAGACCUGUUCAAGCCAGCCCCAACCUGCCGGUCCCAGUGCCAGUACUUCCACCAGCACUCUCUCCAACAGCAGCAAUGGCAAACGUGCACCUGCCAGCGGCCAGCAGCCAGCUGCCUCCCGUUACCUGCCUCGAGAGGUGCCUCCACGCUUCCGCCAGCAAGAACAGAAGCAGCUGUUAAAGAGAGGUCAGCCGCUGCCUACAGGGGCUCUGACCAGUGUGAGCCCGAGCCAGAGUGCCGGGCCCGCGGGGGUAAGCCCUCCUCCCAUCCCUGGAGCCGGAGCACAGCAGCAUCCCAGCAAGCUCCAGCCAGAUCUCAGUCACAGUGGAUUGGCAGAUCAUUAUGAAACUUCCCACUGGGGACAGCAGCCCACUUACAGAAGCGAAGCCACCCGCAGCUGGGAUAAAGUGACAAUAGACAGGACUGAUAAGGAGGCGUGGCCUUCCAUCACAGGAACAGAGACUGAAUCUGCCUCAGAAUGUACUACAGACACUGACUCUGCCUCCAACUGUGGCUCAGAGAACAGUAGCAUGGCUACAGGGAGUGCCCAGGGCAACUUCACUGGACAUACUAAGAAGACCAAUGGCAAUAAUGGCACCAAUGGCGCACUCGUCCAAAGCCCUUCGAAUCAGAGUGCCCUUGGAGCAGGGGGAGCAAACGGUAAUGGAAGUGCAGCCAGGGUGUGGGGCGUAGCUGCAGGCUCCAGCUCCGGCCUGCCUCACUGCUCUCUCAGUGGUGGGGAUGGGAAAAUGGACAACAUGAUCGGAGAUGGGAGAAGUCAGAAUUGCUGGGGUGCUUCCAACUCCAAUGCUGGCAUUAAUCUUAACCUUAAUCCUAAUGCCAACCCAGCUGCCUGGCCUGUGCUUGGACAUGAAGGAGCUGUGGCGACAGGCAACUCUUCCAGUAUUUGCAGUCCAGUCAGUGCCGUAGGCCAAAAUAUGGGCAACCACAAUGGGAACCCAGCAGGCACUUUGGGUGCUUGGGGAAACUUGCUGCCACAAGAGAGCACAGAGCCACAAACGUCCACUUCUCAGAAUGUGUCUUUCAGCGUACAACCUCAGAACCUUAACACUGAUGGACCAAAUAACACUAAGCCCAUGAACCCUCCACCAAACCCUAGCAAUGCAAUGCAGGCAAAUGGACUGCCAAACUGGGGCAUGGCUGUUGGUAUGGGCGCCAUCAUCCCACCCCACCUGCAAGGCCUUCCUGGUGCUAACGGAUCAUCAGCUUCUCAAGUCAGUGGGGGCGGUGGUGAAGGAAUCGGCAGUUCUGUGUGGGGACUAUCCCCAGCUAACCCUGCCACAGGAAAUAGCAAUUCUGGGUUCAAUCAGGGGAAUGGAGACACUGUGAACUCAGCAUUAAGUGCUAAACAAAAUGGAUCCAGCAGUGCUGUGCAAAAGGAAGGGAAUGGAGGAAACGCUUGGGAUUCGGGACCUCCUGCUGGUCCUGGAAUCCUCGCUUGGGGAAGGGGCAGUGGCAACAAUGCCGUAGGUAAUAUCCAUUCGGGAGCUUGGGGCCACCCCAGCCGAAGCACCUCUACCAGUGUGAAUGGAGAGUGGGGAAAGCCCCCAAACCAGCAUUCCAAUAGUGACAUCAAUGGGAAAGGAUCAACAGGGUGGGAUAGUCCUAGUGUUAGCAGCCAGAAUCCUGCCAUGCAGCCCGGCAGUGAACACAUGAACUCUUGGGCCAAAGCUGCAUCUUCUGGAACUACAGCAAGUGAAGGAAGUAGUGAUGGUUCUGGCAGUCACAAUGAAGGAAGCACUGGGAGGGAAGGAGCAGAAGGCCGAAGGCGAGAUAAAGGGAUUGUAGACCAAGGGCACAUCCAAUUGCCAAGGAACGAUCUUGACCCAAGAGUUCUGUCUAAUACUGGUUGGGGACAGACUCCAGUAAAGCAAAACACUGCCUGGGAAUUUGAAGAAUCCCCUAGGUCUGAGAGAAAAAAUGACAAUGGGACAGAGGCCUGGGGUUGUGCAGCUACUCAGCCUUCAAACUCAGGGGGGAAGAACGAUGGGUCCAUCAUGAACAGUACAAAUACCUCUUCAGUAUCUGGGUGGGUCAGCUCACCACCUGCUGCUGUGCCAGCAAACACAGGUUGGGGAGACAGCAGCAACAAAGCGCCAAAUGGCCCAGGGGUUUGGGGGGACUCGAUAAGCUCUACUGCUGUUAAUAAUGCUGCUGCUGCCAAGAGUGGCCACGCUUGGAGUGGGACCAUAAAUCAGGAGGACAAGUCACCCACCUGGGGUGAGCCUCAAAAAUCCAAAUCUCAGAACUGGGGAGAUGGACAGAAAGCUAAUCCAGCCUGGAGUGCAGGAGCGGGAGACUGGGCAGAUUCAUCUUCUGUCCUUGGACACUUGGGGGAUGGGAAAAAAGCUGGCUCUGCAUGGGAUGCCGACAGUAAUCGGUCAGGGUCUGGUUGGAAUGAUGCUACAAGGUCUGGGACCAGUGGCUGGGGCAAUGGCACAAACGCAAAGGUAAAUCCAGGUACAAACUGGGGAGAGUCUUUAAAACCUGGCCCCCAACAGAACUGGGCCAGCAAGCCCCAAGACAACAACAUGGGUAACUGGGGCGGAGCCGCUUCCGUUAAACAGACAGGAGCAGGGUGGAUCGGGGGGCCGGUCCCUGUCAAACAGAAGGACAAUGGUGAGGCCACGGGCUGGGAAGAACCUUCUCCUCCAUCCAUUCGACGCAAAAUGGAAAUUGAUGAUGGUACCUCAGCUUGGGGCGACCCGAGCAGUUACACCAACAAAACUGUAAACAUGUGGGAUAGAAACAACCCAGGCCUCCAGAACAGUACCACAGCCAACAGCACCACCACCACCACCACCACGAGUAACAGCACGAACGUGGGCGAGACACCGCCCUCACACCAGGCCAGCGCCCCGCUGAAUCGAUCGCCACUGCUUGGCCCAGUGUCCUCAGGCUGGGGAGAAAUGCCUAAUGUUCACUCCAAGCCUGAGAGCUCUUGGGGAGAGCCCUCCUCCCCUUCCACCCUGGUUGACAACGGCACGGCAGCGUGGGGCAAGCCGCCCAGCAGUGGCAGCGGUUGGGGGGAUCAGCCUGCUGAGCCAGCGGUGACAUUCGGAAGAGCCGGGGCUCCCGCUGCCGCCCCAGCCCUGUGCAAACCAGCUUCAAAAUCUAUGCAAGAAGGCUGGGGCAGUGGUGGGGAUGACAUGAACCUCGGUACUGGUCAGUGGGAAGAGGAAGAAGGGAGCAUGUGGAACAAUGCUGCUUCCCAAGAAAGCACCUCCUCCUGCAGUUCCUGGGGGAACGCCUCCAAAAAAGGACUCCAAAAGGGCGUGAAAACGUCUGGCAAGCAGGACGAGGCCUGGAUCAUGAACCGGCUCAUCAGACAACUCACAGACAUGGGCUUCCCGAGAGAGCCAGCUGAAGAGGCCUUGAAGAGUAAUAAUAUGAACCUUGACCAGGCCAUGAGCGCUCUGCUGGAAAAGAAGGUGGACAUGGACAAGCGUGGACUGGGAGUGCCUGACUACAAUGGAAUGGUCACCAAACCCCUUGGCUGCCGCCCACCAAUCUCCAAAGAGUCUUCCGUGGACCGCCCCACCUUUCUUGACAAGCUCACCCUUUCUUUCUCCAAUCAGGAUGGCGGCCUAGUGGAAGAGCCCACGACUUCACCAUUUUUGCCUUCACCAAGCCUGAAGCUCCCCCUUUCAAACAGUGCACUCCCUAAUCAGGCCCUGGGUGGGAUUGCCUCAGGGCUGGGCAUGCAAAACUUGAAUUCCUCUAGACAGAUACCGAGUGGCAAUCUGGGUGUAUUUGGCAGCAGCGGAGCAGCACAAGCCAGGACCAUGCAACAGCCGCCGCAGCCGCCCGUGCAGCCUCUGAACUCCUCCCAGCCCAGUCUCCGUGCUCAAGUGCCUCAGUUUCUAUCCCCUCAGGUUCAAGCACAGCUUUUGCAGUUUGCAGCAAAAAACAUUGGUCUCAACCCUGCACUAUUAACCUCGCCAAUUAAUCCUCAGCAUAUGACGCUGUUGAACCAGCUCUAUCAGCUGCAGCUGGCAUACCAACGUUUACAAAUCCAGCAGCAGAUGUUACAGGCCCAGCGUAAUGUUUCCGGACCCAUGAGACAACAGGAGCAGCAAGUCGCGCGCACAAUCACUAACCUGCAGCAGCAGAUCCAGCAGCACCAGCGCCAGCUGGCCCAGGCCCUGCUCGUGAAGCCGCCGCCGCCCCCGCCACACCUGUCUCUGCACCCUUCUGCAGGCAAAUCGGCCGUGGACAGCUUCCCCCCCCACCCCCAGGCCCCUGGCCUGCCUGACCUGCAGACCAAAGAGCAGCAGCCUUCGCCCAGCACCUUUGCUCCGCACCCUCUCGCUGGACUGAACCCAAACAUGAAUGUCAACAGCAUGGACAUGACUGGUGGUUUGUCAGUGAAGGACCCGUCCCAGUCCCAGUCGCGCCUCCCUCAGUGGACACACCCCAGCCCGAUGGACAGCGUACCCGGUGCUGCUUCUCCUCUCCUGGAUCAGAACCCCAGCAAGCAUGGUGCUAUCCCUGGAGGUCUAGGCAUUGGGCCUCCAGCUAAGUCCUCCAUUGACGACUCCUAUGGGCGGUACGAUUUAAUCCAGAACAGUGAGUCACCAGCCAGUCCUCCUGUAGCUGUUCCCCAUAGCUGGUCGCGUGCCAAAUCUGACAGUGAUAAAAUCUCAAAUGGCUCCAGCAUCAACUGGCCCCCAGAAUUCCACCCUGGAGUUCCGUGGAAAGGACUUCAGAAUAUAGAUCCUGAGAAUGACCCUGACGUCACUCCUGGAAGUGUCCCCACCGGGCCUACCAUCAAUACUACCAUACAGGAUGUCAACCGCUACCUCCUCAAGAGUGGAGGUAAACUUUCGGACAUUAAAUCAACGUGGUCCUCUGGCCCCGCCUCCCACACGCAAGCCUCUCUGUCUCAUGAACUGUGGAAGGUGCCCAGAAACACUGCUGCACCCACAAGGCCACCUCCAGGGUUAACCACCCCCAAGCCUUCCUCCACCUGGGGAGCCAGUCCCCUUGGCUGGACCAGCUCUUACUCCUCGGGUUCUGCUUGGAGCACUGACACCUCAGGAAGAACAAGCAGCUGGCUCGUUCUCCGCAACCUCACGCCCCAGAUCGAUGGUUCGACGCUGCGGACGCUGUGUUUGCAGCACGGCCCUCUCAUCACGUUCCACCUGAACCUGACUCAAGGCAACGCUGUGGUCCGGUACAGCUCCAAGGAGGAAGCCGCCAAGGCCCAGAAGUCCCUGCACAUGUGUGUUCUGGGAAACACUACCAUCUUGGCCGAGUUCGCUGGCGAAGAAGAAGUGAAUCGUUUCUUAGCCCAAGGCCAAGCGCUGCCGCCCACCUCCAGCUGGCAGUCCAGCACUGGCACCAGCCAGACACGGCUGGGCGCCUCGGGCAGCUCCCAUGGCCUGGUGCGGAGCGACGCUGGCCACUGGAACGCCCCGUGCCUGGCAGGCAAAGGGAGCAGUGACCUGCUGUGGGGUGGGGUUCCACAGUACUCAAGCAGCCUGUGGGGCCCACCCAGCAGCGACGACGGCAGGGUGAUAGGAAGCCCCACCCCGCUGAACACUCUGCUUCCCGGCGACCUUCUCAGUGGCGAGUCCAUCUAGGACCGAGAGGACGGUAGGCGCCACAAUCAUCAGCACUAGGAAGAAAAAGCUGACCCUUUCCAGUCCGGGCAUUGCUGAGGACCCCACUUGCCCCAAGCAGCCCGGCAGCCCUUUCGAGUACCUCUGUCCAGAACUGAAGAUGAACCUUCGCCGCAGUCCUUGCGAACUGUUCCCAAGACAGUGCGGGCUGCGCUUGGUCAGUGUCACAUGCUAAUGACAGGAUGUUUCUCAUAGCUUUUUAUUUUGUGUUGUCUUAUGUUUGUAUGGAGUGUUGUCAUUUUGAUUUUUUAAGUAUAAAAGCUGCUUAGAAUAGUUCUAUCAUGAAGGGCACUUUUCAGAUUGUGGGCUGGAAAGGGUUAUUUUAUCAAGGGGGGAGGGAGGGAGGGAGACGAGAAAGCCUAUUGAAAACGAGCCUGUGACGAUUAUGCACAUUACCAGAGGCGACCCGUAAUCAGGGGGCUGGCGUGUUCAUCGCUGGGACUCCGCACGGUGGCCCUGGCGGCCCAGAGCAGCGUGCUGAGCGGGAGGACUGGCCUGCCGUCUGCUCUCUGUCCCCAUGGGGCCGCCUAUGCACAUUACCUUGUUUCAUUACUUUUUCAUGUCAUUUUUUUUAUCCCAAAAAAUAUUUUUUAAAAGUUAAAAAAAAAGACAUAUCAAACAUGCAAAUACUUGAAUCCAGCAGGCCAAUAGUGAAAUGUGAACACUUUCUAAUUCUACACCUCCAGGUUGACGUCAGUACGCAGAAACAGGCUCUAGGAAAAAUUUCUAAGUUCACAGCCUAUGUGUGUGUGUGUUGAAAGAAGCGUGUGUGUGUGCGUGUGCGUGUGCACUUUCUGUGUUCGUGUGUUAAGUGUGUGAGGGAUUUAACUGUGGGUUUUCCCUUUUAUUCAGUAUAUGCUUUUUUUUUGGCGCAUUGGUCAAACGUUUGUUAUUAUUGUUAUUAGCUUCUAACUUUGCACUGAGUGUCCCUGCCCUUCCUUUAGCUAAUCCUAUCCAUUAAAGAGAAUUCACAGGACAGGGCCGGCGACAAUUCAUGUGUAAAUGUUUACUCAAGGACUCUGUUAUUGCGUUUAAAAAUUACAGUGUAUAUCUCUGGAGAAAUAAUAUGUAUACCUACCUUUAGCAGCUUUUUAUUGUGGACUAAUGCAAGAAAAUUAUUACCAGAGUAUUGCACCAUUUUUCCAUUUGGAAUAUAAAGUUAAAGAGAAAAAAACUGUUGUCGAACUGUGGCCAUAGAUACUUGCAGAGAAUGGAUGGUUCCGCGGGAGGAACAGAAACGAGCACUUGGACGUGGGUUGUGACUGCUUUCGGAGGAGCCUGGGUUAGGGCUCCCACCUGUUUACAGACUUUUUUUUCUCCUUCAGACUUUAAAGUAAAAAAAUUUUAAAAAGGAAUUAAAAAAAAAAGAAAAAAAAAGACUUGCGUCGUGAAGAAACCUAUUUUCAGAAUGCAGACCGCUACUUCAGAGCUCUGGGAUUGGACAGUGUUGUUGUUCCCUCCGGCCAUCGUCGUGGACUCUGUCGAUCGUCCCCCUCGUCAAGGUGACAGGCGUCGUGGUCACUGUCUUGCACAUGCGGAAGCGCUCUCAGGAAGCAGGGUUCCCGAGGGGCAGCUCCACACCAUUUCAUGUAUUUUGUAACCAACUCCUAGCACUGAAGAUGUUAUUAAAAAACAAACAAAAAAUAAAGAAAAAAAGAAAAAAGAGGAAAAAAACACAAAGAAGAAAAAAUACCUAAUCUCUAAUGUGUAGCAGUUACAUAUUUACCAAAUAAUGGACUCAAAAGAAAUAGAUGUUUGAAGAGUGCUUUAUAUAUUAAAAAUUGCUUUAUGUUUUAAAAAUGAUCAAUGUUUUGAUUGUUUUGCAAGAAAGAAAGACAAUGGAGUAACAUACCCUCAAGUAUGUUUAAAAAAUAUAUGAACAUUGUGCUCCCUGCCUGCUUGAUCAGGAAACUUGUGCAUUACAUUUUUUUUAAUUAGCUUUUUAAUGGUUUUAUCAAAACAAAAAAACAAAAAAAAAAACGACAAAAAACAAAAAAACAGAAAAAAAGAAGGUCCUGCAAAAUUGCAGAUCAACGAAAGCUGGUUUUAUAGAGGAUCAUGAACUAUGCACAAACUGGGUUCAAGACCUUUCUCCUCAAGUUCAGUAGUGUAUUUAGCUAAAGAAACCCUCCUCAGAGUAAUUGCAUCUCAUUGCCAUUACAUGCAGUCUAUAUAUUUGAUGUAUGUAUACCUGCAUAUGUAUAUCAAAUAUAUGUGCGUGCGUGCGUGUGUGUGUGCGUCCAGACAUACAGCUUCCCGUGCUGCCAUUUAGCAUCGAGUUGUAGAAAAACUCCUGAUAUUUUAAAAUUGGGGAUGGAAGUCAAGAAUCUGUUUGUUUUUGGGUUUUGUUGAGGGUUUUUUUUGACCUUUUAUUUUGAAUUAAAGAUGUCUGUAACUCUGAGAUUAAAAAACAAGUUUGUGGCUUUUAAUGUUUUUCCUCAUAGAAUGUGAUUGUUGAAGAACAUGCACCGAAAGUUGCUUUCAAAAGUACAACGCUUUGUUGAAUCUUAAUAAAUUGCAAUUUUUUUCUUGGCUGUUCAAAUAAAUGUGGUUUUUAUUUUCCAAA